AUGGCAGACAUUACAGAGCAAUCAAGAAAACGAGGAAGAUCAGAGUUCAAUGAGAGUGGGGAUGGGCAGGUGAAAUUAGCAAAACGGUCUCUUCUAGUCGAAAACAACGGCAGCUUUGCAGAUCCGCAAAGUUUCAUUCCAACCACACCCAAGAAUUCCUUUCUUCGGCUUCACCUCCAAAUCCUCCGCUCACUGUAUACCGCUGAUUCCCUAGAAACUCAGUUUGAGGGACAACGUGAUGAUUUGGUGGAUGUAAAAGAUGAUGGCGAAGUGCAAGAAGAUGUGUUCGGGACUAUUGAACAGUUCCUAAAGCAGCGCCGGCAAUUGGGAGGACUGGUAAACGCGGUAAAGUUAAACAAAGCCGUACAUGAUGAAGCAGCAAAAUACCAAAGUGAAGAUAUUCAAGCUGAGCAGUACCCCCUGACUCCCUCAACAGUGCCGAAAAAUGAGGUUACAAACAGCAUUCUUGCCCGAUCAAGUGUUAUUCCCCUAUCCAGCCAACAAUCGCCGUAUGGUCAAAGGUUUCUCUCUGGAAGCUACCGUACCGGUCUAUCACAAUCAAGCAACGGGGGAUCCAACUUAUUGGCCGCCUUGUUGAAGCGAAAAUAUCUCCUCGCUGACAGAGCACUCCGUCGAGAAACGCAUGUGUUUCAGGAGUUGCUCAGCAAUGUGAAGGAAAGGAUCGAGAUCAUCGAAUCACUCCUUGAAGAGCAACUAAAAGCACCAGGACUGCAGUCUCUAGGAGGUGGAACCGAAAAUCUCACACCAAAUGCAUCUUCAAAUGCUAGAGUGCACGAAAAUGAAUAUCGUUCGGAAAUGGUUGCGAAGUUGGAGACAAAGCAGCGAUUGUGGGCAAUGCUUUUGCAGGAUAUGGAAACUGCAUAUGGCUCCUAA